AUGGAGACCGUCCCGCAGAUCUCCUCCCGGGGGGACCUCCAGCUCCACUCCGGCUCUCCCUUUAGCGGCUCGACCUUCGGGCUCAUUCGAACGGCUGAUCAUGAGUACCACUCGGGCUUCAAUAAGCUUACCAUUGGUGGCUGCGGAGCCAUCGAAGGAAUAUCUCACUGCCUCUCCGAGUGCCCAUCUUCAUCUUCCACUAUCUUGCCGCCACCUGCUGCGACUAUAUCUACAUCAUUUUUAUCGCACCAAAGUUCGCUAUUAGCUCCUGCAACAGGUGCUGGAAACUCUGCGAUUCCGGACCUUUCUGUCGCUGACAAGACCUUAUCCCUGAACAACGCUCAGUCCGCUCUACCAGUCUUAAUCAAUGUUCAAAGCACGGCUAUAGGUGACACCGUGGUUCAAUUUGAUCCGGUGCACGCGGCUUUGCCUUGGGCUGCUGUACGGCUUUUUCUACAGAUGGCGGUUAAUCACAAGGAGACUAUGGAUUCGGUGCUUCUUGGUAUGGAACAGGUUACUAGGCUCACGACACGAUGCGCCAUCUACGAAAGGAUGUACCUGGGGGCGGCAUCGCCACUAUCUAUUGCUCCGAACUUGGAAGAGGCGCUGGUGACGCUCUAUUGCUCUAUCUUGCAAUUUCUGAUAUUCACGAAACGACACUUUGAAAAACACGGUCACGAGAAAAUAGUUUCCGGGCUGCUUGGCAAUGCAGGGAAGACACUUUUUGAUGCCAUAGGAACCGCAGAGUCGCAACUCAUGAAGGAGAUAACACCGGCCGAAGGAGAAAUGCGAUUUGAAAAGUUACAGGACAUGCUCAAAAAUCUUGAUAUUCCAAUCCGAAGCACGGAAAUGAUGACCGACCUGGUAUACAAACAGCAUAUAGACAAUUCACGGCAAGAGAUACUACAGUGGCUUUCCGAGGAUCGGUUCCACGAGAACCACAAGACCGCAGAGGUGGAUCUCCUAGAUAACACGGGUCAGUGGCUGUUUGAGGAAGACAAAUAUCGUGAAUGGCGUUCAUCUAGCGCAUCAGGCAUCAUGUGGCUGCGAGGCAAUCCCGGUGCGGGAAAGACGAAACUUACUUGUCAGGUUAUCCAUACACUCGAGGCACAGCUCAGCGGCAAGGAGCCUGUAAUCUUCUUUUACUUUAAUAACAACGACUCCAAUCGAAGGGACUCGACGAUCCUCAUGAGGACCAUUAUCAAGCAACUAUGCCUUGUACCGUACAAAAGCGGCUUCCCGGCUCAAGUGCUGGAACGUUAUGAGGAGCGAACGAAGCGCGGAGCCAAAAACGAAAAACUAAGUUUCGACGAAUGCUACAAACUUAUAGUUCCUCUUCUCGAUACCUGUCCACAAUCCACGAUAGUCAUCGAUGCCUUGGAUGAGUGUGAAUUGCGACAGCGCAAAGCUCUUCUCAAGACCUUAAGUGAGGUGAUAAGAUCAUCAACUAGCUUGGUCAAAAUAUUUAUAUCUAGUAGGGAAGACAUUGAUAUCAAGAUAGAGCUCCAGCAUAUCCCGAACCUUUCUAUCGACGCCCAGGAUAACCAAUAUGAUAUCCAAAGAUUUGUACACCGAGAAAUCUGGGAGCGAGAAAGGCUACUCAAUGGAGGUGCUUCGAAAGAAUUAAAAACGCUGGUGACCUCUAAAAUUGAAGCAAAGGCGAAUGGGAUGUUUCAAUGGGCGUAUCUUCAAAUCGAAAACCUCUCUCGAAUGAGGACGAAAAGGGAUAUCGAGGAGAAUGUGGAGAGAUUACCAGCCACGCUAGAGAAAUCAUACGACGCCGCCCUGUCAAAUAUUAUGGCGUGCCCACGCAACGAGGAGCUACUUGCCAAGAGGGCAUUUGCAUGGAUUAGAUGCUCCUACAAGCCAGUACUACCCUCCGUAUGGGCUGAGGGGUGUUACUCGCCUGAUGACCCGCCCGCGAAUGGUGUCGAUACUCUGCUCGAUCUUUUUCGAAACCUAGUGGUCCGGAAUGAGCAGCUCGGCCAAGUCGUCUUUGCACAUCUAUCGGUCAAGGAAUAUCUGGAAAUGGUAGAUCCUGAUUCCAACACUGCUCACUCGAUGGUUUCUUUAUCUUGCCUUUGCCGCUUGACGGGUCAAAACGAGUUGACUAUCGAUGACGAGUUGAUCAGUGAUGACGAGGGGGAGGAAUUGACUUUGCCGUCGCUCAAGGCGAAUACAUUCUUCUUUUAUGCUUGCGUCCACUUCCCUUCCCAUGUAGAGUGCGCUCUGAGCAAGCAAAGCCCAACGCGUGGGAGGGUUAUUCCGGUGCCAGAGUGCUUUCUCGGUGAAUCGGCGGGCGCGGGAAGGGGCUACCGCACAUGGCUCGGCCGCAUCAACGAAGAGGUACUUGCGAUACGCGAAUCCCGCCCGUCCCGCCGUCCCCGCACGACCAGGAGCCGGGCCAGCUCCGAGAGCGAAGGGAAAUCGGUGCUAUGUGCCGGAACACUCCUUUACUCCGAGCCUAUGAACCCGCGGACCGCUCGGAUCGCAGACGCCGAGAGUGUCCGGUGGGUCUUGCACCGACAUGAGAAGUCGAACAAUACCGCAACACCGGCUCAAACUCUAAGGGGAAAGCGUCCUGCCAGAGGUACAGAGCUACAGUCAAGAAGGAUCAAGACCAGCUUAACGAUCACAGAGGCGGUAUUGAUGGCUGCAGUGAGGAACGAUAUGCACGCCGAGGAGAUCAUCACUGCACUUCUCGAACACACUCAUGGAACCAUCGAAAUCACAGAGGCCAUCUUUGCAGCGUCGUUGGAAGUGCAACGUGCUGGACCCGGGCGAUACAUGGAUUAUAACGUGCGGCAUCGACUGGGCCCUUGGGUUAUGGAGAAAGAUAACCCACUGGCCACGACCGAACUACUGCUCAGACGCCCCGGCACCGCCAUCAACGUGACAGAAGCGGUGCUCCUAAAGGCACUGAAGGUCGGCUAUUGUAUACCGGUGCUCCGCUCACUACCCCCAAUGUCAGUAAGCUCUAGCACUGUCACUGAGGCAGUCUUGGUGGAAGCGGCGGAUUGCCAUCGUGGUGAUAAUUCAACAAUCUUGACCUUCCUCCUCAAGGCUCAAAAUACAAACAUCCAUGUCACAGAGUCACCUCCAAUCGCGGCUGAGAGGAAGGGUGAUGCAGAAAUGAUGGCCUUCCUGCUCGAACAAACAAGGGACAAAAGCGAUAUUCCCCCGGGGCUACUCUUGGCGGCGACAAGUAAUAUUUGGAACGGCGGAUCUGUUCCGGGCGAUUGGCAGAUACCCCGAAUUCGUGAAUGGACCGCUUAA